GGAGCCCUGAAUCUGUGACACCUAUACGGCAUCUCCGGAGACUCUCCCCCUCCUGUCCCCCCCAGCACCAUUCGGAGCCCGGACGCCGGCGACUUUUUAAUGGCUUUUGUGUUCAGAAGAUGGAGGGUCUUACUGGUGCUGAAUGUGCUUGCUGUUGCUGGGUUCAUGACUUUCUGGGCCAAGUGCAACACACGCAGCGUCCAAGCCGCCGGUCCGGAGGCUCCGGCUGACGGGAAGAGGCCCCGGGGCAACGGGACGGCGCAGGGGCCCAGCAUCAGCCAUGAGGUGCUGCUGAAGAGGCUCAGCUCGCUGGAGGACGUGGUGUACAGGCAGUUAAACGGUCUGUCCAAAUCUCUGGGUCUGAUUGAGGGCUUCGGGGGUCGGGGUAAAGGUGGCCUCCCUGCUACACUGUCGCCAGCCGAGGAGAGUGACGCUAAAUACCUGAGGGAGAAGUACGGCUACAACGCCUACCUCAGUGACAGAAUCUCUCUGGAUCGGACCAUACCAGACCACCGGCCCGGCAAAUGCAGAAAGGUCAGCUACCCAAGAGACCUCCCCCAGAUCUCCCUCAUCUUCAUCUUUGUCAACGAGGCUCUGUCGGUGAUCCUGCGCUCAGUCCACUCAGCUGUCAAUCACACUCCGGCUCACUUGCUUAAAGAAAUCAUCCUGGUGGACGACAACAGCGAUGAUGAGCAGCUGAAAGGACCGCUGGAGGAGUACGUAAACAAGCGCUACCCUGGCCUGGUGAAGAUCGUCAGGAACCAGAAGAGAGAGGGACUGAUCCGAGCCAGAAUCGAGGGCUGGAAGGUGGCCACCGCUGAGGUGACAGGAUUUUUUGACGCCCAUGUGGAGUUCACCCCAUCUUGGGCCGAGCCAGUUCUAGCCAGAAUAAAAGAGGACCACAAGAGGAUUAUUCUGCCCUCCAUCGAUAACAUCAGGCAUGACACGUUCGAGGUGGAACGCUAUGAGAACUCAGGCCAUGGCUACAACUGGGAGCUGUGGUGCAUGUACAUCAACCCCCCCAAACAGUGGUGGGAUGAGGGGGACAUAUCCGCUCCCAUCAGGACUCCCGCCAUGAUUGGCUGCUCCUUUGUGGCCAACCGGGACUACUUUGGCGAACUCGGCCUGCUCGACUCGGGCAUGGAUGUCUACGGAGGGGAGAACAUCGAACUGGGCAUCAGGGUGUGGCUCUGUGGAGGCAGUAUGGAGGUGCUGCCUUGUUCCAGGGUGGCUCACAUCGCACGGAUGAAGAAACCCUACCACAGUAACAUAGCUUUCCACACACGGCGUAAUGCUCUACGCGUGGCUGAGGUCUGGAUGGAUGAGUACAAGUCCAAUGUCUACCUGGCCUGGAACAUCCCUGUGGAGAACCACGGUAUUGAUUACGGAGACAUCUCUCAGAGGGUUGCACUGCGGAAGAGUCUGCAGUGUAAAAGCUUUGAGUGGUACCUGGACAACGUUUACCCAGAGAUGAGGAGGUACAACAACACGCUGUUCUACGGCGAGAUUCGGAAUUCUAAAGUGAGCCACCUGUGUAUGGAUCAGGGUAUGAAGGAGAACCACACAGCCACCCUGCACCCCUGCCAUGGAUGGGGUCCUCAGUUGGGACGUUACACCAAAGAGGGCCAGCUGUUCCUGGGCCCCCUGGGCAGCACUGGAGAGGACACUCGCUGUGUGGUGGAUGAUCAGAUCAACAGUUUUCCUCAGCUCCUGAACUGUGACAAGGUGACCAAUGUGAAGCAGAAGACAUGGCAUUUCUCUCAGAAUGAAUCGAUCAUAAAUCGAGCCACAGGACGCUGUCUGGAAGUGGUGCCGGCUAACGUUUACUUCGGCCACCUGCUGGUCCUGCAGCCCUGCUCCGGGCAGAGGUGGGCCAUCAAGAACAUCAUGAAGCAGUAGUCGGCAGGCCAAUUUCAUCGGGACCAAUGACACCAGAGGCCAUUUCCAAGAGGUGUCAGCUGACCUCAGCUUGGCCGAGGGACAACUGAUGAGGCAGAGGCUCCUCGUCUUCUCAAGAAAAAAACUGAGAUGGUUUGCUGUGAACAUCUCAGCGACAGAGGUGAUGUUUUUUUUAUGAACUGGACAUUUACAAUGAUGCAAGUUUAGCAUGAGGACUGUUUCUCUCUCCAUCUGAAUUUGACACACUUUCAAUGUGACGUUGCCAUAAUUCUUGUAUGUGCCACUUCUCUACUGUGUAACAGAGAUUUGAUUAGCCAAAACUGUGUUCUGUCUUAUGAUCGAAAAAAUAAGGUUUCUAUCUUCAUCCUCAAAACGUCUCUGCAUUCUUUCAUUCUGUAUCAUGUUAUGUCUUUUAAGAUGAGUAAAAGAAUAAAAUACCUGGAAUUAAAUUUUCAGUAACAUGCACUGAUCCAAAUACACUGGUAGUUUGUAAUAGACUUCAUCCGUGGUUUCGACAUUUUAGCUUAAGAUACCUGAAGGAGUGCCUACUUAAUGACAGGCAUACAUUUAACAGUUAAUUAAACAUCAAUGCCCAAAACUGAUUUUCAUUUUCUUCUUACAGAAGCCUGUAAAUAUUUAUAAUUUGAAGAACAAGGCAUUAACAAUAAAUAUUACUUGGUGUAUUGGAGCCUAUGUUUUUUUGCAGUUAUUGUAAAUCAUCUUAAAAAUCAAGUUGUCGAGGGCUACUGGACUAAAUCAUGGUUUUAUAUGUCGUGGACGCAUUUGUCUUUUUUAUUCUUAUUUUUACUCAAAGCAUUCGGUAGCACCAAAUGCAGUACAUCUUGUAGCAUGAUUGUAAGUACUGUAUGCACAUGGGGACAAAGUUUAGUUGAGCGGAGCCAAUUUAUUCUGUUACCUGCCGAGUGCCAUAACUACAGCGGAUGGCCAAAAACGAGCUGUAGCCUAAAGCACUUUUGUGGACACAGAGGUAGAACUGCAGACUCUGAGAGGAAGAGUGAGUCAGUAAUGGAAAAGUGCACAAGUGUAUCGAUUGUGGAAAUGCUGGAGGCCUUUAAGGCUGAUAUUGUUCAUGUAUUGAGAUGUAUAUGAUGUCAUAUAUUCAAUUAAUUCAAUGUUAUCAGUUGGAUUUU